AUGAACUUUUUGGGAGCCCUGGAAAAAGAAAGGCAAGCAGUGCUGGCAAGGACGGGGGGAGUUGGAGGCAGCACACUGGGGUUUCUCUUAUUAAUAUUUGGCCUUUCGUUCCUGUCCUCUGGACUCCUUAUUGCUAUCUUUGCGUUCCAGCCUUGUGAUCUUGAAGAUACUCGUGACUGCAAUGCAAUCCUCAAGAUAACGGGACUCAGUCUGGGUGCAUUGGGGUUAGGAUUCAUUCUGCUGUCAAGAUCCAAAAUUCGGGUUAAAGCGAGUGAGAGACAGCUGGGAGCAGCUGAGAGCAGCCACUAUGGGCCAAAGGCCCCUGUAAUCCGUUUCCUCAUCUGCAUCUGUUGCUCCAGUGGAGUGUUGCUAACUCUGGUUGGAGUCCGGGUUACCAGCUGUCCUGGAGCCAUGGAAAACCAGGCGUUGAAUUCAACCAGUGCCUUUGCUGAAGCCGGGGACUGUAAGCUGCUCUUCCUGCAGAUCAUGGGACCAAUAUUAACUUUUGUUGGCAUUUGCCUCUUAUUCAUUUCCCAUGUCAGAAGAAGGGAGGAUUUGGCUGAGCGGGAAGAAAAUACACCCAUAGAUGAACAUCAGCAGUCACAGGGACCGGCGUCUUAUCAGAUCACAAUGGGUAAUUCUGUAAUGAUAUUUCGACCAACACAAAACACAAGUGAAUGCCCUGGAGACUGCUAUCUCGCUACCAGUGAGCGUCCUCCCUCUUACUACAGUGUUGUCUUUCACAGUUGCAGCUUCGGAACAAGCACAUGACCACUAGCUUUGAACAGUCAAAGCACACAUCAAACGGCUGCAUUAGGAAAGUAAAUUACUUUUCUUCAUGAGGAGUUGAAAGCGUAUCCAGUGCCAUAGGAUCUUUAACAUCCAC